UAUAGACCACGCCCCUUACACCAAUUCACUGCGUAAUCUGUCAUCUCGCCCAGUUCGCUCAAUUGAGGGUUGCGGUCUGUAGUUUGGGGGUAAGACUGGAUAAAAGGUGUCUCUGUUUACGUAGGACAGGGACGCGAUUGUCUCGGUUAUAAAUAUAAACCAAACCAAGCAGGGAUGAGUCGCUGGGAACCGCGUUUCCAGACGCCUGAAGACGGUGUGAAAUCAUGUGGGAAGAGGUAAAAAACAAGACCGACUUUAUUUGGCACGGCGGAAAUUUCUCUCAGGGAGUUCCCCAAGAGCUGCCAUGGGGUUCCGUCACUGCGGCGCACAGCAACGGGUCCACAGCCACAUCACACCCAUCUCACACAGACCCUGGAGGUGCCCGGGGCAGUGGCAUUAUCCCAGGUGCGAUUGCUGCAGCUGUGUUCAUCAGCUUCCUGCUGCUUCUGUAUGCAGUGCUGUGGAAGUGCAUGCUGACUACACCCAGGAGGAGAGAGAAGAAGAAGAAGAAGAAGAAGAGGUGCAAGGGUCGUGAGCAGAGGCAGAUGGUGUGCUGAAGGGUGAAGCUUUGGAACUUUUUUGGGGGGGGGGGAGCUCAAGAGCAUCUACUAUUUUAAAGGCUGCUGGAGUAGAUGGGGAUUUCCCACUGAAAGGCCUCUCUGAAAACUGUCAGUGUGAAUGCCGCUCCACCCAGCUUCUGACAGGUUUCCUACACCGAUAAAACACGCUUAUCUCCUGGUGAACGGGGGGUUCUCCCGCCUGUCUGUCUGUCUGCACAUGCAGUACCAACACGUGCAUGGUGUUGUUUCCAUGUUUCACUCAGAAGGCAAAAGUCUGAAGUCCUUUUCGCUGCAGAAGGCCUAGGCCCCAGAGAUGGAACUCAGUUCACUUUUUCAAAUGUAAGGAUGGGGGUACUGAGGGGAGUUUCACAGCAUUUGUAUAUUGGGAAUGGGCUAAAAUGGAAGUUUUUUUUUUUUUUAGAUUUGAGAUUUUUAGAGUCUUGGGAUUUUCAGACUGUGGUGAAUGUGCAUUUUAUGGGGGCUGUCACAGAUAUGCCUAUCUGCCAGAGGCCUUGAGCUUCUGCAUAAAGGGGGGGGGGGGGGGGUAGGGAAUGCUGCAGUGUCGGAUUAAGUGUGUUCUUCACAGUGGGUCACCGCCUGUAAUUUAUAGUAUGAAAGAGGGGCCAAGCGCAAUGGAGUGUCUGAACAUGGUGUGUGUGUGUGUGUGUGUGUGUGUGUGUGUGAGAGAGUGUGUGAGUGGAGGAUAGAGAUUAUAGUUGUGUGUUGGGAGGGGGGGGGGUGAAUUGUUUUGUGUUUCUAUUUUUCACGCUUCCUAACACAAACUUCAGUAUAUUUUCUCUAAUGAACAUGUUGAUAGAUUGCAACCCAUAAGUCUUCAAAAAAAAGGAAAAAAAAGAAAAACUUCAGCCAGUGCUGCACAUUCCCAAGAUAAGAUAUCUUAUGACUGAGUCAAGUUAAUGUGUGACAUGUAUGUUUUUAAAUGAAAUGAUUAAAAUGUGCUGUCAAGUGAGAAAAA